UAGACCCCACAGGACAAAGGCCGCUCUGUGGAUCCCCCUGUGGGAUCCCAUCUGUAUAGAAAAAACAAAACCCUGACAUACCUGUGCAAGGACUCGACCUGGAUAAGCUUCUGCUCAGGUGUCACCUGAUAGCCAGUAAGAGCUGAUCUUAAGGGGGCUGAAGGUUCUCCUCCUCGUUUUGAGUGGUAAACAGCUGAAGGAGCUGAGGAUUCAUUCUACUGGGGAAUAAAACCACACAAAGACGUUCUGACCCACUUUAACGGCUCCAGAGGCACAACUGGAGUGUAUCUGGUUAAAUGGUGUAGAGUGUUGCUCAACUUCAGCUUCUACAGCCAAUAAAGAAAAACUGAGGAACUCAUCAUGUUUCUGCUGUGGAUCUCCAUGCUGGUAGCUGCUUUCAGCGGGCUUUCUGGCAGCUCCUUGUUUUGUCCGAACCCAGAGGACAGCAGCCAGAACGCUGCUCAUGUAAUUGAUUGUCUGGGUCCGCGCUUCACCUGGCUCAACGCUGUCUUCGAUAAUUUCCCCCUGCUGCUGAGCUUUGUUUCUAAGCUGCGGUGUACAUCAGGGGUUUGUCCCCGGGACCUGGAGGAUUACGGCUGUUCCUGCAAAUAUGUGGCGUCUGGGAACCCUGUGGAUCCUCUGGACACCUGCUGCGCCAUUCACAGACAGUGUUACCAGGAUGCUGCCCCCUGCAGGCAGCAGCUGCCUCUGCCGCCUUAUAACUUCAGCUGCUCUGCAGCAAACAGCAGCUGUGAAUUUGAUGACCUGUGCCAGCAGAGGUUUUGUGAAUGUGACCAAGCUGCCAUCCACUGCGUGACUCAGAGCCCCUUCAACUCAACUCUGAGGGGCCUUGCAGAGUCGUUCUGCUCUGCUGGAGCUGUUACAGAUGUUCUCACAGCAGCUAACGACUCUGCAGCACAUCAGCUCCCUCACUCCUCCCUGCUGUCUGCAGAGGAGCUUGAAGAAGGCGCAGGGGAGGGAAACCAAGAAGAGACGAAACACCACAGCUUGAUCUUUAGAGAUCUGAAUGAGGAAGCAGGCGAGUGGGAGGAUGUAGCUGAGGAUCAGACGACCCAAAGUCCUGCAGAACUCAGCCCUGAUCCAGUUCAGCUUCUCCACAAAGAGCAGACCCGUAACGAGGCGUCCGCCCCACCCAGCUUAGCAGGUUUAUAUUAUGGGACAAAGAAACCUCCUGCUGACAGUGCAUCGUCUGUUCUAACUACAACAGCCCAGAGGACUUCACCACUGGAUAAAGGUAAGGAACGAAGCGCAGCAGCAGCUGUGAGAUCUCCACCAGAGACGGCGACUGAAGCUCCUCAGUGUGAGGAAGAAGAGGAGGCAGACAGCAUGAAGGAGGAGGAUGGUAAACCUGUUGAACAGGAAGCAGUUUAAUACAGGAAAGCCACAAAUAUAUUUUAAAUGUAGACACAAAACAUGACACAAAGAGGUCAAAUAUGACCCACUUUCUUCAAUGUUUUGGCAUUAAAUGUGAAAGCAAGUUUUUCUGUUCAGCUCAGAAGAGAUCAGUGCCGUUCUUCGCCUGGUCCCUGCUGGAGUCUGUUGGCCUGACUGACAUCCAGCUGCCAGAGGUUAAAGAAUGUAGUCGUUCCUUCAGCGUUUAUAGCAGCGAUGGAGGAAGCCGGCGGGAGAUGCCGGCGCUGGGGGAGAUGCUGCACUGCCUGACGGGACGCUGCCCCCAUGAGUAUGAGAUGUAUGGCUGCUACUGUGGACAGGAGGGAGGAGGACAGCCUCUGGACCAGCUGGACAGGUGUUGCUUCUUCCAUCGCUGCUGCCUGAAACAGAUCAGCUCCAUGGGCUGCAGAGCAGACAGGAAGCUCAACGCUCGAAUUUCCUGCGAGAGCGGAAACAAACCGCGAUGCCAGGGCAUCACAGCAUGCGAUAAACUGCAGUGUGUUUGCGACAAAACCACAGCAGAAUGCAUGGCUGCGGCACACUUUAACCACAGCUUGCCAUCACAGCGGUGCCGUGGACCUGCGCCACCCUGCCGCCGAGCCAGCAGACCCCCUAAACCUGUCAGAGUACCCCCACAGCCCAGCGGGGAAAGCAAGUGGAGCAAACAGUCGGAGGAGAUUGAACCCAGUUCCUCUGCACAACAUCAUGACAGUGAUCAAAGCUCUGAUAUGAUGAGUGGAGAACAGCCAGAUCCUCCUGCUGGAUCAUCAGGUACCCAAACCUCUUCUCCUCCCUCUGCCUCCAGCGAGGAAACCAGAGAACCACCAACGCUAAGUGG